AACUCCGUUUUUUCCAACCUGGGAAGAGCAACUGAAGGUUGCAGAGUGGUGCAUUAGGGUGGGGUGAGGGAAAGAGAGCGAGAAGGAGCGCACGGACUCAAGAGAGGACGGGGCAGGGUCCAGGGGUCUUCUUGGUGGUGUACGAGGGGCUGGAAGACAGGGCUCCUGCGUCCCCUUGCAAGGCUCUGUUGCACGGUCUAAAUCCUGCUUUGGGACUCUGGGGCUGGGCAGGGCUUGCAGGACGGCUUGGAUCUCCACGGAGCCAGCAAGAUGACCCAAGAGAACAUCUUCCUCUUCGUCCCCAACCUCAUCGGUUACGCCCGCAUUAUCUUUGCUUUCGUUGCUUUCUAUUUUAUGCCAACGUCCCAUUUGACGGCAUCUUUCUUCUACCUGCUUAGCGGUUUCCUUGACGCCUUUGAUGGCCACGCAGCACGGAUCCUUAACCAAGGCACCCGCUUCGGCGCCAUGCUGGACAUGUUAACUGACCGCUGUGCCACCAUGUGUCUGUUGGUGAACCUGGCUAUGCUGUAUCCUGAAUCUGCCCUCUUGUUUCAACUCAGCAUGAGCCUCGACGUGGCCUCCCAUUGGCUCCACCUCCACAGCACGGUGGUGAAAGGUGGCGAGAGUCACAAGAGCAUUGAUUUAUCAGGGAACCGGAUCCUCCGGAUAUAUUACAGCUCCCGGACCGUCCUCUUCAUUAUGUGUGCUGGCAAUGAGCUCUUUUACUGUAUGCUGUAUCUGCUGUGCUUUGGGGAAGGCCCAGAAUUCCUGCCAGGACCUGUGGGUCUCUAUCGCCUGGUACUGUGGGUUUCCACCCCCAUCGCCAUCACAAAGAGUCUCAUUAGCCUCAUCCACUUGAUCUGUGCCUCAUGUAAUAUGGCAGCUUUGGAUGCUGCUGAACGUGAAAAGAAGAAGUAGUCUUUUGAAGGUGGUGGUUUAGGGGAAGGAGCAUAAUUUCCCCUCCUCAAGCUUCCACUGGGACCAGCUACCAAUCCUCCCCAAGCCAGGAUGGGGUUUUGCCUCUGAUCAGCCACUCCAGCCGUACUGCAGUUCUUACUUGGCACGCCUCCCCUUCCACCCAAAAGCCUCAUACACACACACAAACACAAACACAAACACAUGGCAAUUAUGCUUUGUGAGUUGAUGGGAUGGAUCCUGUUCUUCCUGGCUGCUGCUUUCAUUCUCACAAGGCUUUAUCCUCUCUAGAUCAUCAGCCGAUGGGGAUGACUUUACCUCACUUGUGGGCUGAUGGGAGAGAAAUUUGAUCCACCAUUUUGUGAGCAGCUAAAUUAAAGGCAAUCUGAGCCUUGUGGUUUUAUUCCUUACAGACCACAGGUGGGUCUUCGCUGAUAGAACAAAAUUUGCUUGUGAUAGCAGCCCUCUCGAUUCCUCGCCUAGUUGCAUGUUUUCCAGGAAUAUGUAGAAGUAACCCUUCAAGCAGGAAGGCAUAUAUUUCCAAGAAUUUCCCCAAAUAUAUCGACCCAGGCAGAGAAUGAAUCAGCUGUUUACUUUUGAAUAUGCUAAUGAGAGCUUGAAAAUUAAUAUUGUACACCUUUAUGAGCUGGCCUUACUUGUGGCUUCCUCAGAAGGUCCCGUAUCCCACACUAUCGUGGGAUUAUAUCUGGCAGUUCAGUCCGAGAGAGAGGGUUGUCAGUUUAACCAUUGGGUGUCCAUUUUCAACAAGGGGCCUAGAGGGAGCUGUCUUACAGUAUUUUCCACACCACUGAAAUGCUUCUGCAAAAAUGCUUGACAUACAGGGACCUGAUGAAAGCAGCUACUUGGGAUUCUGUACCUGAUUCACAUUUCUUCCCACAGUGCUUUGCCUUCAGAAUGUCUGUUAUAUUAUCUUGUCUGCCACCUUUGCCUGUGCUUGCUGCACAGCUGAGGGAUUAUCUGAGGGAGCAGAGAAGAAACACAUUUUGUGGUGGCAGUACUGAGUCUUAUUCAAACAGCUUCUCAACCCUUCCCAUAAAUUGAUGUCCAAUUUCAGGUUGACCAUGGUUGAAACCUGCUGAUUUCUCCCGGCCCUCCCCCAUAAUCAUGUGUUUACACUUUCUAAGACGUGCAUUGGGACUCUGCUGUGAGGUAAAUGACGACUGUCAUUGGCAGCCAUCUUGUUUACUGUAAUUCCCGUUUUCUAUAGAAGUGAAGCUUUGCCUGCCCUGAGACUUCUUGUGAACAGGCACUGGACAUGGCUAACCUUGUCUUACUUAUGUUCUGUGGGUAUUUGGGCUAGGGUCACCAGCUGAGGAUAGGCAACCCCUGGGAGCUUUUGGAGGCAGGGUAACAUGUCACCUGACUCUGUAAUGUCACUUCCAGUUGCAUAACCCUGUUUAUGUAGCCCAGUUUUGGCCCUGCCCACCCCAUUUUCUCCUGCUGUGUUGAGUAGCAGUGGAAGCCAGGGGGCUAUAGCAGGAGGCCAGGUCCCCUUAAUUGGAUCUACAGUAGCUCCCAGAGGUGGGAGGGACACUAGGCCUGAACUCAGAGGAUCCUUUCCUCUUUCCCCAAUUGUUUAGGCAGUAGCUUACAUUGCCAAAUUGCUUCAUAAGCUUAUUUGCUUGUCUGAUCUUUCUUUUACCAGUGAUGGCUAGGUUUACAGUGACAUGGUGGCCAUCUUGGAUUUACUCAUGCCUUUUGGAUCUGACUCCUCCCCGAAGCUGAUUCCUCAUAUUUGCCAUAAGACUACUUGUCAGAUAAUGGGGAAGGAAAAUUGACAGUGAGAGCAGGACUGGGCAGCCAUGUUGGAAGAAGCAGGUCUGGAGGCAUUUGGGUCUUGGCAGCCAUAUUGAAGGAAUCAUCCAUGUAUACUGAGCCAAAUGAGCUGUAUUUGCCACAUACCUCAGCUUGAGGAGGAGGGGUGGGUGGAAUCACACCCAUAGCUGGGUUAUUUAUUCGUUCUUGCUUCCCUUGAAUGUCUCAUGCUGUCUCCUUCGGGGAGGGGGGUCAGUGUUACCUUGUAAUACCGUCACAAUAUCACUGCCACACCCUCACAGCCCCAAAUUGUAUGUAAUUUGUAUGUGUUUUUAUAUAUAAAAACAGACUUUGUGCAAUAAGAGGCUUCUCUCUCAAAGGGAAGAGUUGCUAAAAAUAAAAACUGUGUGAUCAUCUGUG